AAUGAAUCAAAAUAUAAAAGCAUUCAUUUCAAUAAAUUCCUUAUAUAUAGAGCACUUCGAGGUCUUGUCACAACAAAAAUUAUCAUUUUCAAGUUUAAUUCAAGAUGAACGCUAACCAUCACGAUAAAGUCGAGCAAUUUUAUAGUAUUCAGGAGACCAUCUACCGAAUAUUGGGUGCUUUUAAACUUACUAACAACAACUCAAAGACCAAACAGAUGGCCCAUAAAAUUCAUCGUAUGCUAUGUUUUCUUUGGGUAGCAGCCUAUACUCUUAGCCUAUUGAUAUCAUUCAUAAUUCUACCAUCAAUAUUGGAUAAGAUUAUGAAAGUUUUCUACAUGCUGGGAACAAUGAUUGGAGCAAUGGCAAAAUUAGCAUAUGUCAAGAAAUACGCUAACCUCUAUCGAGAACUCGCAAAAAUUCUUCACAAAAACAUUUUCAAUCCAUUGGAUAAAACCGAAAACGAUAUAUUUUUAAAACAUUUUGAAAUGAGCAAAUUUAUUCGAAAUUGGUACGGCUACGUUUCAUUCAUCUCACUCAUUUAUUCUUUUGUACUACAGCAAGUACUCAAUUCUCAUGAACUCCCAGCUGAAAUGUAUACACCUUUUAACAUGGAUAUCUCAACAAAUUUAAUGAUGGCAAAGAUCUACUCGUUUAUUGCUGUGGGAUGUUUGUGUUUUUUAAAUUGUAUUGCUUUCGAUUCUUGGUGUACUGGAUUUUUGAUUUUUACCCAAGCACAGUUGGAAAUUUUGGAAUAUCGAUUGGAAAGAAUUGGAAAAUAUUCGACAAGUGAUUUUGAAAUAAAUAUCGAAUUGAAGAGUUGCAUUCGACUGCAUGCUGAAGUGUAUGAAGUGAUUGGAAAAUUGGAAAAGGCAAUAGCUUUUCCUGUAUCAUUGCAAAUAUUUUGUUCAAUGCUGGUUUUAUGUUGUAAUUUUUAUGCAAUAUCAUUUACUUCAAUUGGUGAUAGUCCAAUAGCAUUUUUGAAAUUUAGUACAGGAAACAUUUAUCAAAUUGCAAUGCUAUCGCAGAUUUUUUUGAUUUGCUAUUUUGCAAAUGAAGUUACUUUGGUAAGUAAUAAGUUGUCACAUGCGCUCUACUCAUCGAAUUGGAUCGAAUGGAAUAAGAUUAAUCGAAAACUUGUGCUAUUAACUAUGCUGCGUUUUCGUAAUCCAAUUAAAGUUAGAUCGCUAAAUCGAUGUUAUCAUUUCGAUUUGGAAGCUUUUACAUCGAUUGUCAACACUUCGUACAGUUAUUUUGCUUUGUUAAAACAAAUGAAUAACUAAAAACAUUGCAUGUUUACACAUAAUAGUGAUUUAAUUGGCAGUGAAGAAUUAAAAACAACCCAUAUAAAACCUCGCUUUCUACAUCAUUAUGAUGACCUUUAACUUAUAACCCAUCCACUAAAUAAACAAAACAUAUUCGUUACCUAAACAAAAUUUACCAACAGAAUAGCUAUAAACUUCAGCUAAUGGUCCUCAGCUUUGCAAAACCGCUUAAGACACACGUUUACCAGCACAUAACUAAC